AUGGCAUACGAUGACAUCCAAAAUAAGACUGACGCCUUGCAGCAGCUUCUGCCGCAUAAAUAUUUCGCCUGGUUCUAUGAACGAUCGAACCCGGGCCUAACCCAAAAGGAUGGUAACGCCAACCACGCAUCCUUCAGCCUCUCCCUUAUGGAGGGCGCCGCUUUGCGAGCCCUCGCGUCGUACAUCGCGGGCGCGGAUGCGGCAACACUGACUGAACGCACCACGGAAGCCGGGCAGCGUGUCACGGCCAAC